CAACUUGGUCACGACUCAGUUAACCUCUCUGAUAGGCUCUUGUGGUCGGAUCAGGAAAAAUUCCCACCAAAAUGGCAAGCAUGUACUCUCCAAGAAGAAGUUUACCCCAACUCUCCAUCCUUUGAUACGGCUCUGUAAGAUCAGGGGUGAUCAUAGCUUUCCAACAGUGGUUGUUUGAAGGUCAGACAGGAUCUUGCGUUCAUGAGAAGGAUUCUUAGAAAGGUCUUGGCCUCAAAAGGAAAGGGUGAAAUCGACACUUGCUUGCCGUCUUCGCUUGCGGAUGGUACGAUGCUAAGAAUUACUGAAUUCCCACUGCUGCCAUUGGUGGUUGCUGCGGCCAGCGUGGUUACCAUGGUGAUGACCCUUGCCCUCUGCUCGCUGUGCCAGUGGUGCUACCGGCGGGACAGCUACAUGGAACUGGAGCGGGACGAUGAAACGACAGAGAAGGGCGGGGCUUUCCCCCCUUCCAACAUCGUCACCAGAAAAACUAUCAAGUUUGAGCGACCUCCAGGAAAGGCGAUGCUUCGCGGGAACGUCCAGCCGAACGCAGACGGGCACGAGGAGGAAUCAGCGGAAAACGGGACGUCGCUCAAGGUCCAUCCCUUCUCGCUGCACAACCUGUCCGCUUCCUCCAUGCCGUCACUCAGCCUCCGACUCUCUCCCUCAUCCCACGAUGAUGAAGGCAGCGACAGUAACGAGGAAGCCGUGAGCGAGCCGGGAGCUAACCUGGGCAGGAUCCAGUUCAGCAUGUCUUACAACUUUGACACCAUGACUCUGGUGCUGCACAUCAAGAGAGCGGUGGAGCUGCCAGCAAAGGACUUCAGCGGCACAAGCGAUCCCUUUGUGAAAAUCUGCCUCUUGCCUGACAAGAAGAACAAGAUGGAGACCAAAGUCAAGAGACGGAAUCUCAACCCACACUGGAACGAGACCUUCCAGUUUGAAGGUUUUCCGUAUGACAAGCUCCAACACAGAGUGUUGUACCUACAAGUGUUUGACUACGACCGCUUCAGUAGGAAUGAUCCCAUAGGGGAGGUUCAUUUACCACUGUGUGAGGUGGACCUGACAGAGUCUCCCACAUUCUGGAAGGACCUCAGACCAUGCCCCAACUCAAAUGAUAACCUGGGGGAGCUGCUGGUAUCCCUGUGCUACCAGCCCACAGCCCAGCGUAUCACCAUCGUGGUGAUGAAGGCCAGACAUCUCAAGGCUAUGGACAUCACAGGCACAUCAGACCCCUAUGUGAAGAUCUGGCUAGUCUACAGAGAAAAGAAGAUUGAGAAGAAGAAGACGUCUUGUAAGAAGCGCUGCUUGAAUCCCGUCUUUAACGAGUCCUUCAUCUUCGACAUCCCCAUGGACAAGAUGAAGGAAACCAGCUUCAUCAUCUCAGUCAUGGACAAGGACACUCUCAAGAAAAAUGAUGUCAUAGGAAAGGUCUGCCUGGCCCCUCGGAGCGGCCCUCUGGAGACCAAACACUGGAAGGAGAUGAUCUCCAAACCAAGACAACCGGUGGCCAUGUGGCAUGGUCUCAAGAAAUAGGAGCUUUUCUCCCCAACCUAGACUAUGCUAGGCCAUACUAACUGUAUAGAUGCCAUAUAGUAUGUAUAUAUAAGGAGCUACAACUUGUGACCACUGAACUGAGUCAUACUCCCUCUCACAGUCUCUAAAUAUGUUAAUGAAAAUCUCUCACCAAGAAGCUAAUAUGUGCUUUAAACCCCUUGCUUCUACUGGGGGCCUUCCCUUCAGUUCGGUACCUUUUAAAAGCUGUGUAAUACAUAAUACUUGUUAAUUGGGAGAAAUUGGUAUUUUCGUAAAUAAGACGGGUGGAUGGGUAUUUUCAUAUGUCUAGAUGCAAAGUAUUUAUACUGUAAAACUAUUUUGCAGAUGUAUAUUUUGGUAUCUUGUACAUGUAUGUGUGGCCAGGAGAUUAUUAGGACUUUUUUUAUAAAAAACUGAGACACAUUUUGUAAAUUGGUUGCAAUUGGGAAAUAUCUAAGGGAUUCAGACUAUAAUGAUGUUAUGCAUAGUAUAAUUAUAUAACGUAACAUGUUUUCUCCCCUGUGUAAAAAUCAUGACAUUAGAUAAAUUGUGAAUAUAAAAAAAAUAUUGAAUUUGUAAAUUAUUUUGAGGAUAGGAGAAAAUGUGCCAUUUUUAGAUGAAAUCAUAUCUGAAUAUUUCCCACCAGAAAUUUUUGUAUGGAUAAAGAAAUGGGACCAAAGCUAAAACAGCAAAAGAAAUACAGUAAUAAUAUCUUUCAUUGAAAAUGCUCUAUAUAGUCCUUUAUCCUGCUCCUUUCUUGUAAGUACACCUUAGUUUGGGAAUAAUGCUAUCAGUAAAGGAAUUUAGACAAAACUUAUGAUAAAAUUAAUAUUUAAUUAUAAUUAGUAAAAUUACCUUUUCAGUAAGGAAUUGAGAAAAUUCUGUAACAUGUACAUGUAUGUAGGUCUACACCAAGUGUAGCUGUGAAUGGAAUAUCAUCCUUAACUCUGAAAGCAAACUUUUUUACUGUAAUUUUCGAUUUCUGUAUCAUGCGAUGUCUUAUACUUAAAUGUUGUCUUUGUGCCACAAGAUAUGUACUUUGAACAAGAAAACCCAAACUAACUUCUCCAAAUAUCACUAUGGCUAAGCUUCCAUGUUUAUAUAAUAUGCACAUUCACAACUUAUUUUAUAUGUGGUACCUACGUUUGCUGUUAGAUGUUUAAUAAUAUGUAAAACAUUUAUAAAUUUCUCUACCACUGCGACAUUACUGGACUGUCUUUUUGAUAAGAACAUAAAGUCGUGUGUAUGGAAACAGGCAGGGGAAAUAUUUUCUUUAAAGAAACUUAAGAAGUUAAAGUCAAGAAGGUGUGUAGUGUGUUAAGAAUAAUCUCAGAGAAAAGUGAACCUAUCUUGUACAAAUUAAAUGUAUUUAUUUUGUGAAGUAGAUACCUGGUGGGAGCUGUAACAGUGUUGUUUGACUAUUUAAAUUUCUAUAUGUUAGGUGUUGACUAGACGUCUGAAGACUUUUGAUAAAAAAUGUGUUUGUACAGAAAUAAACGGACUAACUGUUGUAUA